AGUUUGAAUUAAACCGACAGCGGAAAGGCGGGAAAAGCGGGAAGAGGGAGAGAGAAAAACACCCGGGGAGAGAGGGAGAGAAAUACUCAGGGAGAGGGGAAAAAAUAGCUGAAGGGAGGGAGAGAGAAAAACACCCGGGGAGAGAAGUAUAAACACCGCAGGAAAGAGGGAAAAACAUCCAGGGAGCGGGAGCGAGACUGAAAACUGGAGAAAUUGGGUUGCAUCCCAUAAAGAUGGAGGCCCAGGUGCAGGAAUUUAAGGCGCUGGCAGAUGAGAUGCUGAUCAUCCUCUCUGGCUGUCAUGGGGAGGUGUUGCUGCAGAAAGCCAUGAUGAAUAAAGCCAAGACUGUGAACAGGUACCUGGAGUUUGAAAAAUUGGUGAAGCACCGGCUUGCAGAGAUACAGCAGACGCGGGAGAAAGUGGCACUGAAAGUUAUAGAGUUUGGAGAAGAACAAGAGAGAAGCUUUCUGGAGGUGCAGAAGAUUAAGGAAGAGUGGAAAAAGAGUCAGCAACUGAAUUCUGAGAAAGAAGCAGAACUCAAACAGUUACAAAAAGAGCUGGAAGAGCUUGAAAGGACUGACAAAGAAAUAUCCAAAAUGGAAGAAGAGGUAGCUGAAGACACAACAGUGGUUAUUCCUUCUUCCAAGUACUUGGCUCAUAUCUUCCAUAAGGUCACUAAGAUCAUUUGGGACUAUGACAGUGACUCUUCUCUUGUAAAAGGCGUUCAUUUUGGGAUGGGUAUACCGCAGCCCAUUAACAUCGACUCUACUAAGCACUCGGAGAGUUUUAUUUGUGAUUACCUGUGGAACCUGAAUGCACAAGAAAAGGGAUUAAAAGCCAACUGUUUUGGUGUCUGUGUGCUAGUCUGGUGAUCUGUUCUGGUGCUAGUGUGUGCGGUGACAGUCACAACUGAAGGACAUCAACUAGGCAUCCUAGAGCUUGCCAGUAAAAGUCUUUCUCUGAUGCUGGAGGCAAGUCACAAGUCAGCAAUGCCACAGUUGAAAAGGGAACAGGACAAUUCCUUUCAGCUAACCUCCAGAACCAAGAAUCUCCACAACAACUGCUCAACUGCCAAAGUCAACUCUACCAGAAUCAUCCAACUUAUUGGCUGCAAUGUUUCACCAUCUACUUUUCAUAGACAAGCUGAAGACUGAUUUGUAUGUCUUUUUAAGCCUUUAGUUUUGGACUCACUUCGCGUUUUUAAUCUGUGUGUUUUUGUUUUCUGUUUUUAUUAAUUUUUCUUGUGUUUU